AUGCCUACCCGUUUGUCGAAGACCCGCAAGCACCGCGGCCACGUUUCCGCCGGUAAGGGACGUGUCGGAAAGCACCGCAAGCAUCCCGGUGGUCGUGGUCUUGCUGGUGGUCAGCACCACCACCGUACCAACAUGGACAAGUACCAUCCCGGUUACUUCGGAAAGGUUGGUAUGCGAUACUUCCACAAGCAGCAAGCCCACUUCUGGAAGCCCAUCAUCAACCUCGACAAGCUCUGGUCUCUCGUUCCCCAGGAGACCCGUGACGCCUACGUCAAGGGUGAGAAGAAGGACACCGUCCCCGUCCUCGACCUCCUCCCUCUCGGUUACUCCAAGGUCCUCGGAAAGGGCCGUCUCCCUGAGAUCCCUCUGGUCGUCCGCGCCCGCUGGGUCAGCCGCCUUGCUGAGGAGAAGAUCAAGCAGGCCGGUGGUGUCGUUGAGCUCGUCGCUUAA